AGUAGAAUAUCUUAGCUCUGUCAAGAUAACACAGUGAAAGUGAUUGAUUGCCCUUUUUGUUUUGUUUUAGGUGUCAGAAACUAUUUGAAAGAAGCAUUAGUGAAUAUCAUCGCUGUGCACGCAGAGGUAUUCACCAUCUCUAAGGAAUUAGUGCCUCGAGUACUGUCAAGGAUUGUGGAAUCUGUUGCUGAAGAACUAAGUCGACUGAUGCAGUGUGUGUCAUCGUUCAGUAAAAAUGGAGCUUUACAGGCAAGGCUUGAAAUUUGUGCAUUGAGAGAUGCUGUGGCCGUAUACCUAACACCAGAAAGCAACUCAAGUUUUAAGCAAGCUUUGGAAGCCCUGCCGCAACUCUUAAGUGGAGCAGACAAAAAGUUAUUAGAAGAGCUACUAAACAAAUUUAAAAGUAGUAUGCACCUGCAACUCACCUGCUUUCAAGCUUCUUCAGCAAUGAUGAAAACAUAGACGACAGCAAAAUGCAAGCAUCCCACAAAAGAACACAGAUAAACAUACUCCCAUUACUCCCGUCCUUUUUCAUUUCCUUUGAACACUUAGCAGAAUACUUUCUCAUUGGAGUGGUGUUUCAGUUUACUGGCAAGCAACGGUGUGAUUCAUGUGGUGUAGCCUUCAAAAUAAGAAAGAUUAUUAGAAAUGCCACUGUAAAAAAAAAUUAUCUAUUGUUUUUCAUCGUAUCAAGGCAGUUAGACAAACUUUGCUCUAAUAUCCUCUUCACAGCUGUAUGUUUAUAGAGAAAUCUUCAUUUGUGUGCUGCAAAGUAUAUUUCAUUUGUUAGAUAUAUAUUUUGAAAAUGGGGCAUGUUAGACAUUUCUGAAUAUCUCCGUGUACCAGUUUGAAACUCCCUGGAUGCACAGGAAUGCUGAUGAGAACGGAUUUGUAUAUUGGCAUGUUGUAUAAACUAUCCAGAUGCGUACUACAAAUGUUACUAACUGCAGAUGGCUCUAAUACACAUUCAAAUAUAGUAUGCUGGAGAAGGAGCUGCAUGUUUAAAAAAUUUAGCACUUUGGGUAAUUUCUCUGCCAUUGUCUUCAAGUGCUCACAAAUCUGACUUCUUGGUAUUUUUUAAAUUCAGCUGAUCUCCUGGGCAGGGCAAUACUGUGUUGUCUAUUCCAGUUCAGUCAGAAAGUCAAGGUUAAACGUAUAGCCAAAAUAUAGAAGUAUGGUUACCUUUUCAGUGGCCACUUAACAGUUAGUGACUACUCUGCAUCGUAAAUGCAAGCAUCGCAGUAUUUUAAAUAAUCUAAAUCUUCACUAAAUCAAAUAUUCUUUAUUGGUUAAGGUCCAGAAGAGCAAACAACUUCUCAGAUAGUCAAAAAUAAGCUACCAAUAGUAUAGUGUAGGCCACUGGACUUUGCUGCUUCCUUCCCACUUCCUCUCCUGCCUUGUCUCCUCCUUUUAGACUUAUUCCCUCUGGCUGCCAUCCCUCCCUGGUUGUAUCAUUCUCAUGAGGAAAUACUGAAUCCCUGUUGUGGGUGGGUGGAGAUUAAGCAGACCAAAGACAAAUUCUGCUAUUACUGCCAUUGGAGUGUAAUCCUAGAAGCUGUGUAUGUAUUGUGGCUUCUCUACUGACCCUAAGGACUCACAUGCUGUGACUUAAUGUAAAGUACAGGAAAUAAAGAUGCCAUAAACUAAAACAAAUAUUAAUUAGUAUAGGCUGUUAGUUUUGGGGGGGGUUGUUUUUUUUAUUGAUCUACUAAACUAAUAAUGGCCAAUAAUUAUCUGCUGUUUAUGUAUUUAAAGUUAUUUUGGCCUGGUUUACAGAAGCCAUAAUUUGAAUUCACAAAAUAUUUUUCAUGAAUCACCAGAAAUUCUUUAUCUUGCCAAUAUAGUUAAAUGCUUUAAAAAUAAAAUAUAGAACGUCAGUAAUAAACUAUGUGUUGCCUAUAUAUGUAGCUAAAUAAGCAUUAAGAGCAUUUUAAUGAAAACCUGAAACUUUUUAAGUGUAUAUGCUUAUUGAGGGAGUAUUAAACAAUUACCUGGACCACUGUUGUUUUCCUAAAUCUGUUAUCUAACUUAAGCUGAGUAUAUAAAUUUAUAGUCACAGUUUCUGAUAUGAUUGUACAGUUUGUUAGACCUGUAAAGGCACUAACUUCAGAAUAAUAAAGUGGUGUUUAAGCAA